CGGGCAGCGAUCGGCCAUGGCGAGGGGCUGCGGGCUGCCGGCGCCACCAUCGCCCAGAUCCAAACUCAGUUGUGGAUUUGCUCAAGAUCUAAGAUCCAUGAAAAGAACAUUUUCUACAUAACAGAGUGACCAUUUUGAUUUAUUUGAUUUUAAAAUCAAUGAUUAUGUGGCUGUUGUUGACUCAUCUGCUGUGUUUCUUCACUGAAGUUUAAAGAACAGAGUGAUCUUCCCCGUAAUAUUUUCGUAAACACUAUGACUAACUGUAAAGGAAGAUCUACCACUGCCAAAAUAAAUGGUAAUGGUAAAGCUUAUGAUGGAGAAAGUUUUGUAAAUUGGACUAUAAAUCUAAAUACAAUUCAGUCUGACAAGUUUCUCAACCUGCUGUUGAGUAUGGUUCCAAUUGUUUACCACAAAAAGCAGGAAGAACGACAUAAAAAAGUGAAUGGUGUGUGGCAAGAUGGAUUACAACACACAGGACACAAUUUUAAUGUUAGAUCGGAUCAACACACGGAGUACCAUCACUUCUCAGAACCAGCUUUUCAUGGUAGUAAUGGACACAGUCCAUCUAGCUGUAGUCCAAAGUAUGAUGACUUUGCCAGUUAUAAUUAUUGUGAUGGGAUGGACACGUCAGAAACAGAUGCCAUAUUGCAGGAUGACAACUUGUCUAGUGAUGGUGAUGAAGAUGCCAUUGUGGAAAGGAGCAGAAAGCAGCCAAAGGAGUCCAGCAGUAUUAUGGCAUUACAGAUUCUUGUACCAUUUUUGUUAGCAGGAUUUGGAACUGUUUCUGCUGGUAUGGUUUUGGAUAUUGUGCAGGUAAAUGUUGGGAAAAUGGAUUCUCCCAUUGAGAAGUGGAACCUAAUAAUUGGCAAUUUGGCCUUAAAACAGGUCCAGGCAACGGUAGUUGGUUUUCUAGCAGCAGUGGCAGCAGUCACACUGGGCUGGAUUCCAGAAGGCAAAUAUCGCCUUGAUCAUUCAAUCCUUUUGUGUUCUAGCAGUGUAGCAACUGCCUUCAUAGCAUCUCUUCUACAGGGGAUAAUAAUGGUUGGAGUUAUUGUUGGAUCAAAGAAGACUGGCAUAAAUCCUGACAAUGUUGCCACACCUAUUGCAGCGAGUUUUGGAGACCUUAUCACUCUUGCUAUACUAGCUUGGAUAAGUCAGGGUCUUUAUAAUUGCCUUGAGACAUAUUACUAUAUAUCUCCUUUAGUUGGUGCCUUUUUCUUGGCUCUGACUCCUAUGUGGAUUGUAAUAGCUGCCAAACAUCCAGCUACAAGAACUGUUCUCUAUUCAGGGUGGGAGCCUGUUAUAACUGCUAUGCUUAUAAGCAGCAUUGGUGGCCUUAUUCUGGACACAACUGUUUCUGAUCCUAAUUUGGUUGGGAUUGUUGUUUAUACUCCAGUAAUCAAUGGUAUUGGUGGUAAUUUAGUGGCAAUUCAAGCUAGCAGAAUUUCUACCUAUCUCCAUUUACAUAGCAUUCCUGGAGAGUUGCCAGAAGAAGCAAAGGGUUGCUAUUACCCAUGCAGAACCUAUUAUGGUACAGGAGUAAAUAACAAAUCAGCCCAAGUUCUUCUCCUUUUGGUGAUUCCUGGGCAUUUAAUUUUCUUGUACACCAUCCAUUUAAUGAAAAGUGGUCAUACCUCUUUGACUCCAAUUUUUAUAGCAGUAUAUUUGUUUGCAGCCCUGCUACAGGUGUUUACUUUGUUAUGGAUUGCUGACUGGAUGGUGCACCACUUCUGGAAAAAAGGAAAAGAUCCUGACAGUUUUUCUAUCCCUUACCUUACUGCGUUGGGAGAUCUGCUUGGAACUGCCUUAUUAGCUAUGAGUUUUCACUUUCUGUGGCUCAUUGGUGAUAGAGAUGGGGAUGUUGGAGACUAAUCAUUCAGAUGGACAUAUUGUUCCCAGUAGAUUCAGAAGAAAAAUAGGAGACAACUGCUUACCAUUCCAGUUGAAGGAUUUCAAAACAAUUGUUCAAUUUAGUAGGGGUAAUUAAGGUGGCACAGAUAUUAAAUGGCCUUAAUGUUUUUUAAUGAAAGGUGGAACAGGAAGGAUUUUAUCUGACUUCUACCCUGAAAGUGAGGACUGUUGCCACUUGAAAACAUCUGACCAGAUACAAUGAAAUGUAGGCUGAUUGUUUGACAAGUGUUUUGUAUUAGGAAAAAAAUGGAGCUUUUAAAAAAGGAAAAUCAUGGGAUAUCAUAUAAACCAGAGCUUUCUUUAAUUGACAAUAAAUGAACAGUGAAGAAGGGAGAUGAAAACAGAUCAGUGGCUUAUCUUGUCUUUUUUAGCCCUCACAAAUUGGGUAUAUGUUUCAAAUCACAAUGCACAAAGGGUUCAUUGAAUCAAAAUAAUUUCCUUCUCACAGACACAACUACUUAAUUGAUUAUGUGUCUUUGCCAUUUUUAGGAUUUCUCUAGUUGCCACAAGCUGUACAUCAAGAAUAAUAAUUAUUGUAAUGAUUUGGGCCCUAAUCCUUCAAACAUUUUGACACAUGCUUAACUUUACGCACAUCAGAGGAACUACUUGCAUGUACUGUUACGCUCUUCGAGAAGUAUUUGCAUGAUUGGGCACUACCACAGUGUAGCAAGAGAACUGCAACCUACUUCUUUUGCCCUUGGUAUCUAUCUAAAUCAAUGAUGUAAGCUAGGGGUUCUCAAACUUCAUUGCACCAUGACCCUCUUCUGACAACAAAAAUUACAACACGACCCCAGGAGGGG